CACCCUACCCCACCCACCCACGGGGAGCACAGCGUCCCCGCCUCCCUCUGGCCCUGGGUGCGCCUGGGGCAAAAGAGCCUCUGGUCGGCUCCAGCUGCGCUUGGAAAGCGACCCCCGUGCGCCCCAGGUUCAAAGGCCCGACGCGGCAGCUCCAGCCCCUCGGAGGGGCGGGGAGGCGAAGGGGGUGGUGCAGGAGCCAGAAAAGCCGGAGCCACAGCCAGCCCUGCGCCUGGAUGGGCAGCGCGCUCUGAAAGUUCGUGACCGCAGCAGCCAACUAACUCUUAGCCGGGACGUGAAGCUCAGGCAGCAGCAGGACUCGAAAGCUGUACCCGAUCCCAGUGUCCUUUCGAGAUCACAAGCGGCCACCCUCCAGGCCCGGUGCUCCCGCGCCUGACCAGGGUUCAUGGAGCCUGGGCUGUGGCUCCUUCUCGGGCUCACAGUGACCUCCGCUGCAGGAUUUGUGCCUUGCCCCCAGCCUGGGGGCUCCGGCAGCACCAGUGUGUCCCAGGCACCCCCUGAAGCUGGAUCGGAGGGGGACUGUGAAGAGACUGUGGCCCCAACAGUUGCACAGCCUGAAAAUCCUAGAAGUUCUGGGCAGAAACGGGGACCGGGCAGGUCUGGGGAGCAGGAGGGUCAAGGGGCCCCUGCACACCACCGACCUCGGCGCUGCACGUGUUUCACUUAUAAGGACAAGGAAUGUGUCUACUACUGCCACCUGGACAUCAUCUGGAUCAACACUCCUGAACAGAUUGUGCCCUAUGGACUGUCCAACUUCAGAGGAAGCCUUCGGGGGAAGAGGUCCUCGGGGCCAUUUCCAGAAAACUCCCAGCCUUCUCCACGGACACGCUUGCGCUGUGCUUGUAUGGGGACUGAUGACAAAGCCUGUGAACACUUCUGUGCACACGCCACAGAUGUCAACAGUGAUUCCCGGGGAGCAGGAAGGCCGGCUGCAGAAGAGAGGGGAGACCAGAGGCCCACAUGAGAGGUGAAGAUGGGGGUGAAGUCAAGGACAGAAAAAGCCUGCUGGCCAUAACAGACCGCUACCAAUGCUUCCUGCUUCCCACCGCAGACUUCACCCUCGCUCUGCCUGCCUGCCAACCUGCCUUUCAGGAAGGAGCUAUUGUGCUUACUCAGUUCAGAUUUCCUCUUUGGGGACA